AUGACUACUAAAUAUAACGUCGGCGUUAUCGGCUAUGGACUCAGUGCAAAGGUCUUCCAUAUUCCCUUCAUCAGCGCAGUGCCUGAGUUCAAGCUCUAUGCCAUCGUCCAGAGGACUCCGUCAGCUUCCGAUGAUGCUCAAAAGGACCAUCCGGAUAGCAAAAUCUAUCGAACGGUGGAGGAUCUGGUAAACGACAGCGCCGUCGAUGUCGUCGUCGUCACAACCACUCCUGAUAGCCAUUACUCUUUAACAAAGCUUGCUCUAGAGGCGAACAAGCAUGUCAUCGUCGAGAAACCUUUCACUCUAACUCAGAAGGAUGGAGACGACUUGAUAGAGCUAGCUAAGAAGCAAAAUAAGUUACUCACUGUUUAUCAAAACCGAAGAUGGGAUGCGGACUUUGUGACCGCUACAAAGCUCAUCAAGGAUGGCUCCCUGGGCCGUGUUGUCGAAUUCGAGACUCACUUUGACCGCCAUCGCCCUGAACUGACCAUCAGGAAAGCGUGGAAGGGGAAGCCUACCUCAUCCGGUGGCUCCAUCUAUGACCUGGGCACCCAUCUCAUAGAUCAGGCUGUUCAAUUGUUUGGUCUUCCAAACCGAAUCACUGGGUUCAUCACUGCUCAGCGUGAAAUUGACGCGGAGGAUUAUGAAGACUCCUUUACCGUGCUCCUUCACUAUGACAGGCUGCUAGUGACUGCUAAGAGCGCCGUCAUUAGCCCUGAAGAGAACCAGUUGAGGUUCUGGAUCAGGGGUGAUAAGGGCAGCUUUAAGAAGUACCACCUUGACCCUCAAGAGGACCAAUUACUGGCCGGAGUGAAACUAGGGGACGGCCAAUUUGGCCGAGAGCCUGGCGAGAAGCAUGGUGUCCUUACAGCUUCUGUGGAUGGAAAGUUCUCGUCGCAUACUGUCCAGCCAGAGCCACCAACUUAUGUGGAGUAUUACCGUGUGUUUGCAAGGGCGCUCUCUGGACAGGGUCAAGUGCCUGUAAAUUCAGCUGAUGCCAGUGCCGUUAUUGGUUUGGUAGAGCUUGCAAUGGAGAGUUCCAAAAAGGGGAUGACUCUUCCCGUCGUUAAGAAAUAG